UCGUCAAUAAAAUUGUAUGCGAUUGCUUGUGUAUGUGUACAAUCAAUAACUUAUUUCAUGAGAUAAACUUUAAUUAUGUAGUUUCAAAUCAUUUGAUACUUAAGAGGCGUGUACUACAUUGAUUAAACUUAAGUAUUGUAAGAAAUUAGUGUGUUUAUUAAAAUGUCUAUGAGAGAUAAGUGGGUGCGGCGAUUUUCAGUAGACGAGACGGCUAAACAUAAGAAUGGAUUUACUCUAUAUAAAAUCACAUCUGUUCUAUUUCCCCUGGAUUCUCCAGAAGCUGUAACGGUGGUAUCUGUUUGGAAGCGAUACAGUGACAUCCAACAGUUGCACAAAUCGAUGAAGACAUUGCACACUGGUUUGCAUUUACGAGGUGCCUUCCCUGCACUCGCUAAGAGCAGCUAUUUCAAACGAUUUCAACAAGAAGUGAUAGAAGAAAGAGCAAAGUCAAUUAAGCACUUAUUAGAAUUUGUGGCCGAGCAUCGGUUGUUAUUCACGAGUACAGAUUUUGUUAACUUUCUACAGUCAGGUUAUCCAGACCCCGAGCCGAAAGGAGUGAUAAAUGCAAUCAGAUCAUCUUUACACUUGCCAGUGGAAGACACUCCGCCCUUGGAAUAUCCGACUUCAGAUGAAGACUCUAGAAGCCCUGAAACACAAAAUAUGAAUUCAACUAACACAAGUCCGAUUAACUCAAACACACAGAUGGACGUAUCUCAGAUACCGAUUUACGAAGCGGCCGAUAUAGAAAUACGACAGUCACCCUUACAGAAGUCUAAUACUAACAGCUUCGAAUCCCUAGACUCGCUAGAUAGCAUAGGUAGUGACCUAUACGAGGAAUUGAAUAAGGUGACAAUAAGAAAGACAAAAUCCUUCGUCAAAAAGAAUGUUCUGCCGGAUUUGAUUAAUUUCGAUGCGCCAUCCACUUCGAAAUUCGAUGAUUAUCACACGAUGCCGAGAAAUAUAAAUUCGGAUAAAGAUAUGGUCGAUUCAGUUGAUUUGAACGAGCAAAAGAGUCUAACAACGUCAACGUCACAGCUGGACUCUAGAAGUUUCGACGCGGCGUCGUUGGGUUCGUUCGGGCGCUCUCGGCGGAGUUCGUACAGCAUGCUGUCCCUGUCUAACGUUGAGUGUAGGACAAGGACGGAGGACAGUUACGUGUUCGAGGCGGGGUACUUGUUGAAUUUGGCGGCGCGGUGCGAGGACGUCGGUGAUUUUCAACGUUCUUUCGAGUGUUAUAAAUCGGGUAUCGAGAAAAUGCUUAUUGGAGUGCAGUCGGACACGGAUCCUCAGAGGCGAGCUUUGAUAAAGGAUAAAACGAGUAAAUAUCUCUCCUAUGCGGAGGAAAUAUAUAAGAAACAUUUGAGUGGGACAGAGCAAAGUCUAUUGCCAGAGCGAGACAGCGAUAUGCCGAAACCCAAUCACAGCCCCAUUCCAUUAUCUAUGCUAAAACGGCCCUAUGAAGACUUGGGACUAUAUAGAGUCCUAGGUGUCCUGGGAUCUAGUAUCAUGUUAGUGCUGCAUAAGACUGAACAGACUUGUUACGCUAUGAAGGUGAUACAAAAGAUACCGCACAAUUUGACGGAAUUCGACGACUAUUUCCAACAACAGUCGCCUACUAGACAACCGAUAUUACCAACGCUCAUACCUUACAUGGUCCCCCUUCACGCGUACGUUGAAACGAAUAACUUAUUCUUUCUAAUACUAUCGUACGCACCGGGCGAGAAACUAUUCGAUUAUAUAAAGAAUUACGCGAAAUCGAUUCCGAACACGCCGGCCAAAGUGAAUCUGGAGAAUGUCUUCCCGAAAAUCGAUUUGGAGAACGAAUCGAUUGUCGAUCUGAAUCGGAAUAUCGAUUCGGAGGCAUCGGUCAAGGAGCUAGUGAUGAACUCGCAGAAGUUGCUGAUGAACGUCGAUAGAGUUUUGACGGAUAGUGAUGUGAGGCAGAGUAAUAGUGUUGUGCAAGAGACGGCUAGUGUUGAGAAGAUAGUAAAGAAUCCUCGAGACGUCCUCCCCCCCUCCACGAUAUGCAAGUGGGGGGCGGAGAUACUAACAGCUAUAGAGAGCUUGCAUAACUGCGGUGUUAUACUUAGAGAUCUCAACCCGAACAACAUCCUCCUCUCCGAAGGUGGUCAGAUCACGCUCACAUAUAUCGUCCACUACCCCGGCGCGGAAGUGUGCGCGGCGCAGGUGCGCGGCGCGGGCGUGUACUGCGCGCCCGAGCUGCUGCGCCCGCUGGGGGGCGGCGCGCCCGAGGGGGGGGCGUGCGACUACUGGAGCUACGGGGCGCUCAUGUACUACCUCAUUUGCGGUGUGCCGCUAUCUCACUUCCACAACGAGUUCACGAGCCACACGAUACUGCAGCUGCCCGAGGGGCUCAGCGUGGAAGUUGAAUCUUUUCUCACACAGUUAUUAACAUAUGAGCCAUCAGAGCGGCUCGGCUCCGGUAGAGACGGGAUAGAAGAAAUAAAACAACAUCCGUAUUUUAAGAACAUUGACUGGCAGAAUGUGUAUAACUCUUGGAUAGUCCCGGAUUGAUGGGAUUUUGCCCAAUUUGUAGGCGAAAAAAAAACAUUUCAAAGAAUUGUGUAUUGUAGCCCACAAUAGGGUUUUGGAUUAAAAUCAUCAAUUGAAUUAUUCAAAUCAAUGUUGAAUUGUAAACCAAAGCCAUUAUUUAAAAUUAUGGUUCCUAAAACCUAAUCAAUUGAGACCAAACUAAAAUCCUAUUAGGAUUUAGUAUUUUGUGAUAUGAAAACUUAACUUCUCAAUGGCGACUGAUAAAGACUUCUCAAACAGUAUUAUUAUCAAUUAUACAAUCAAAAAGGUUUUAUAAAAAGAAAUGAGCAAUUAAUACUAAUUGUUUCUGAAAUAUGUUGAAUUUGGAAGUAAACCAAACGAAAUUACCUAAUAACAUUUACGAGUACACCAAUUAGUACAAAAAUUACAAUGCUUAUUGCAUUUUUUUUGUCUUCAAAUUCAAAUUAGAAAAGACCUUCAAAACCAUUAUCCUUAUAAAUUAGAUGACAUAAAUUAAUUGAGGUCUUACUUAUCAAAACAUUAAUUAAAAUAUCUGUACUUUUAAAAUAGAGCUUAUUGUAAUGGAAUAGUGUGAUAUUUAUUAUCUGUAGUUAUUAUGAUCUUUUAUAAUUGUAGUUGUUGUUGUUGGCGGGAAAAUUAAAAUGUAGUUUUCUUUUUACAUUUCGAUAUGAAGAGAGUUUUAAAUUUCUGGAAUUUAUUGAAUGCACUGUAUUUAUUUUAUUACUUCUUAUGAAAUAUCCAUAAGUAAUAGAUAUUGAAAGAAGUUUUGCGUAAUUUGAGACUAGUUGCAUCGUGCAAAAUUAUUUACUAGAAUAAAACUACACCUUUGUUAGUUAUAGUAUGUAAUAUUUUUAAGUAUAAUAUUAUAUUUAUUGUCGGAAUGACCUCUCGAUUUAAGUUAUUUUACUAGUAAUAGAAGAUGGGAUAAUAUACUACACAAGCUUAAUUAAUUUAUUAUUUAUUUAUAAGGAACGUUUUCUGUAAAUCAGUUUCAAAGAGAAUAUUCUUUCUUUUCAUGAUAUUGAUAAAAGUUAUGAAUUUAGUUUAAAUUUGGAAUCUUUUCUUUAAAUUAUUAUUCUUAGGUUAAAAUUGUAAUAAAUAUCUCUUAUGAAUCAUACAAUGAAAAUGUAUGUUUUACCUAAUACAUCAAUGGGCUGAAGUUACUUAUGUGUGCAUCUAGUCGUUUUGGUUUCAUGUUUUGAGAAAAUAUGGUCGUGCUAAAUUUUAAUUUAUUUUGUUAAGUAACUGACUCGGUCCAUUACAAUAUAAUUAUAUGUGAAUUUAAUCCACUGGAAUAAAAAUAAAAUGAAUUCAUACACAAUGUUUAUGGAUGAUGAAUUUUCCUAAAUUUUCAUAGUACAAACUUUGGCACUUGGUGGUAUGAUUUCUUUUUGUCUUAAGUGUAACCACAAUUAACUAUAGAUAUAAUAAAAUUAAAAACAUCUCAUCAUCGUCGUACCUUGUUAAGACUUGAGUAUAAUAGAAAUGCUUUUUUGUGUUUUUCUGUUUAAAAGAUUUAAAUCAAAUUAAUGAAAUAAUGAAACAUUUGUUCGAUGAUCUCAAACCCACGGAAUGUAGUCUACAAAGAUGUUGCAAUGAUUAUAGUUUUUUUUAAUGUUAAGAUUUGUUAUAAAUAGUAAGGUAGUAAUAAUUUAUUGAACUGGAACAUAGCAGGAUGAUCUGUAGUGAUUGGAUAUAGUAUCAAUCCGUAUUUUUAUAUGUAAAUCGUGUUUGUAGCAUCGUUUCUGUAAUAAAGAAUUGAAAUUAA